AUGUGUCACUGCCAUAUACAUGAUACAGUACUGUACGUCAACGGUGAAGUUUUUCAUACUGGCACUACUAUAGCAAAAAGUGAAGAGGCUUGUAAUCACGAUUCUGAUUUCAUAAAUAGUUUCUGGGAUGUGCAACGAGUGCCAGCGCCCAAGUUGAUUGGCAUAUGGGCAAGGCGGUCAUUGUUUGAAGCAUUUCGAAUGACACGGAACCACGGACUCCAUCCUGCACACGCUCUCUCCCAGUACGAUACAACCACUGGUCUAUCAAUACAAUACGCUCAGAUAACUGGUACCGUACCGGAACAAGACGUCAGUGAAAAAGGCUGCCAGCCCCCGCCAGUUGUUAUUAACAAAAACUGUCAUUGCUGUUGGAGACGUGUCGACGAGUUUUUUACACCUGAAAUGGGACGAAAAAAGCGGCAUGCCAAAUUAAAACGAAAUAUCGACGAAGAAGAAGAACACAGUGAUGAUCAACAAUUGACUGAUCCCGAUGCGGUGAGACGUUUAUUGAAAUCCUUGGACAGGCCUGUAGUUAAUGUUAGUAAUUUGAUAGGCCAUACCGAUUGUAAAAAAAAUCUAAGACAGUAUGAUUUUAAUGACACUCGUAAAGUACUAUUGCGCCUGUCUCGAAGAUUUGUGAUUAUUUUCCGAGUUCGUAGUUUGGAUACUAUAUGCAUCACGGAGGACGACAAUUAUUAUUAUAAUGAGGCCGAACAAUACUAUAAUAAAGAAAAGAUCCCUUUAAACGCCGAUGAUAGCAAUGAUGAAAACUUUUCUGAUCAAGACGAGGAUUUGGACAUGGAUGGGUUAGAGUCAGAUGAAGAUUCUGAUGAAAGUGUUUCUGUCGAUGGUAAAAGCAAAGAUGAAGAUGCAGCUGCAGAAGAGACAGCAAAUAAUAAGGCCUGGGGCAAUAAAAAGAAACCGUUUUAUCAUUUUGAUGACGAAGAUAAUCUUGAUGAAUCGAAUGAAGAAGAAUUAGCGGAAGAUGAAGAAAGAGAAGCUAUGCUAUUUCAAGAGCAGCAGAAUCAAGGCCUGGCGGAGGAGGAUUUUGAACUAUCGGAUCUUUUGAGCAUCGCAAGAGAAAAGGUUGCCCAAGCGGCUGAAGAAGAAAAGCGUCAAAUAGAUUUCCUGGAGAGAAUUCCCAGAGAUAUCUCAAAGCUAUCCCCUAAAGAGCAACUGGAAAUUUUAGUUAAGGAUGCUCCGGAAAUAAUGACCUUAAUUGAAGACUAUAAAGAAAAGAUGGAAGAGAUUGGUCGCACUUUACAUCCUUUAAUUCAGUUUGCAAAGUGUAAAGGGCUAUUAUCGAGUCAGGGUAUCAGUUAUCUUGAAACGAAAUAUCAGCUAUUACUUAACUACUGCGUCAAUGUCAGUUUGUAUUUAGCUAUGGCAGCUCAUGAAUCGAACUCAGAAUUUGAUGUCUCUCUUCAUGAGCAUCCAAUUAUAUCAACUUUGUUAGAAUAUAGACAUUUAAUUGCUGAGAUGCAUCCUUUGGAUCGAGCUGUUGCUUCGGAAAUGGAAUGUUUGCUGGAAGAGUAUGAGAAACUUAACGUUAAUGAUAUCGCAGAUAAAGGCGUUUUGGAAAAGAAAAGAAAAUUAGAAAAACGACAGCAGAAAUCGAAAAAAUUGAUGGUUGAGAAGAAUAUAGUUAGAGAACCACCGGUAAAUUACGCUACUUCAGAAGUACCAAGUAGAUCGCGAAAAAAUGUAUCCGAGGAAAGUGUUAACCAAUAUAUUGAAAGUGUCUUAUCUAAGAACAAACUAAGGAAGACUAGGAAAGAUUCUAUGGGAUUGAGCGCUGAUUCCGAUGAUGCGACAAAUGUCUUAGCCAAUGGUUUCUCCGAUGAUACUAUUGAUGGCAAACGGGCGAUUAACUAUCAAAUUUCAAAAAAUAAGGGACUAACUCCAAGACGCAAAAAGGAAAACAGAAAUGCGCGUGUAAAGUAUCGUAAUAAAUUCAUUAAGGCGCAAAAGAAAAGAGUUAGCCAGGGUGUUCGCACCGUUCGUUCAGCAAAUGAUAAUUAUAUUGGUGAAUACACUGGUAUUCGAAGCGACAUUAUACGAAGUGUGAAGAUAAACUAA